AUCUGUCACGUUUAUUAUCCGCAACGUUUUAUUGUGUAAAUAGCAGAAUGGACUUAGUCGAUUUUUCAGACAUUUCAAUCGAAAGCAUUCUUGCUGAAAAGUAAAUAUUACGAAAAUUGAAUGAAGAAUUGGUGAUGCGAUUGCUUGCGUGUGCGUAUGGUUAUGUAUGUGUGCCGAUAAGUGAAAUUCAAGUGAAUUUUCUGUCCCGAAACUAAACAAUAACACCAAAAUGAAACCAACGAAAAGUAAAAAGAAACCCAUAUCCGAAACCAAGCCCAGCUCCUCAAUUCAUAAUUAUUUCAAAACUGGUCCCAAUGAAUCUUCACGGGUGCCUAACGUAAAAUCAGUGUACGUUGAUGCGGUACUGAAUAAAUUGAAAAGCUUCGAUGACGAACGUGUGACAAAGAACGACAACAACGCAGAUCGCGAAAAUGAUGUACCUGCAUUGACGACGACACCACCAACGAAAACUACACGAGAGGAAAACAACAAAUCAAAUCGGCAAGAUCUCUGUCAAGCACCAGACGACACAAACGGAUGCAGUGAUUGUGAAAAUUGGCGGAAGAAGUACAAGGAGAUGGAGAAACGGUUCCUCAAACUGAGUGUUUGUCACUCCGAAUUAACAAUGAAGCACAAAGAUCUGGUCCGUCUUUUAACAACUAACGCUGGUUCGAGUGAUGUAACGGAACAGUUUAUCGAUCGACACAUAUCCGAAGAUCUGGACCUGGUGUCGACGGGUACCGCACGAGCUCAUAGCGACACCGAUUCGUUUGUCGAUCAACACACAUCCGCAGAUCUAGCUCCAGUGUCAACAGGUCAGAACUCAAGCUCCAUAUUCAAAAUAUCUUCGGUAUCCGCAGUGGGCAAUGACAUUUUCACGGAUGAUGAAAUCACAAAUCUGAAAAAAAUUGCCCUCACCAAGAACAGAGAUUCGACAUUCAUCCUCAGCUGCGUGCAAUAUGCCUACAAAGAAAAUUUAGCUUCACUAACAAGCAAAACUCUGAAAGGAACCAGAGGCAAAUACGAAGUUAAAGAGGGUAAAGUGAUCACUAUCAAGCCUCCAAAAGAUCCGUUAACCCCCGAGAAGGUUGCUCGGAUACAACAACUUUUCAUCGAUCGGAUAGCCAGAUGCAAAUGUGUUGCUACCGAAUCAGGAGAACGAGUCAACCAGCUAAGAUUCAAUGAACUUAUCGCGAAUGCUGUAAGAACCGUGACGAACAAACAGGCACCCCAAGAAGUGCGAUCAAAUCAGAACGCGGAUUUGAAUUUGUAAUUUAAAUCGAAUUUGUAUUCGAUUUUAUCGAAAUGAAGAAAAAUAAAAUAUUUUCUGUUUAAUU